AUGGAGUUUAAGGAAUGCUUCUCGCUACUGGCUGCGCGACCCCCACACACACAUGAGCACUGCAAAGAGGAAGGAAUCGACAAAGAAGAGUCGCUGAAUCUGAAUGACGUCGGGUCUCAAUCAAAGUCCGACUCAGAACAGGCUCAGGACCUGACGCUUCUAAGUCCUCGACAGCUGAUACGAACGGUUUACCAGUUGCAGGAGACGCGCGUCCUGAUUUACAAUGACUUUCGAGAGGGAUUUCAAGUGCACCACAAAACUCAGCAGUUUCCCGCGUUCUGCUCUGCAAUCACAGAUCGCUUUUCGACUGUGAGUGAGCAGAUCAAUUGCAUCGAGAAGCUCGUGCGUGAGCAGAUGCAUCAAGUGACGAUUGCGCAGCUGCUUCGCGAACUACAAUCGGAAGAAAAGAGCAAGCUACUCCUGACGUCUGCUGCAAUGAUUGAAAAGAUGCGGCUCAGCGAUGCGGUCAGCCAACCCGAACCUGACGACUCCAGCGUUGCAUUUUUGCGUCGUUCCGUGGAGAACCUUACAAGCAACCACACGGACUGCGUGGUGCGCAUUAAUGAGAUCCUGGAGGACCUGCGAGCGGAAAGUGCAGAUCUGGAGGACCUCUGCUCACAAAGUAACAGAAAGUGA